AUGAAUAUAAAACCGUGUCACGUAUUUUCCAGAUUGACUGUGCCGAUUCGAACUGCAACACGUGGUCGUAAUCGACGUAAUGCUUCAUGUCGACCGAUGGAACCCUUAAUAUUCCAACCAGUUAUUGGCACAUUAUCGUUUCCUAUCGAUUGUGAGAGGAAAAUUGAUCAGGAAGAAAAUAAUGGAGUGGGAAUCUCUAGUAGUGCCAAAAAAGCAGCAAUAAUAAUUACAAAUAUCUGUGAAAAAAACGGCGAAUUAGGUUGCAAUGCGAAACAUUUUGAAAAUGUUCUCGAAGGAGUGGAGACCGGCGCAUUUUGGCGUUUGCUUGGGUUGAAUGAAGGAGAGUGUGAGGCUGUCGUAACUGAGGAUUACGUUCCAGACAGUCUCUUAGCCUUAAACGAACCGUUUGAAAAUAUUGCCGCUAGAGUAAAUACAAUUUAUGAAGUUGAUGAGCAUUGUGGCAUACAACGAAUCUCAUCAGGCCAACUCCCAAAGUUCUCUAUAUUGCAUCCCAAAAAGAAUUUGAUUUUUGAUUUUGGUUCUGAAAUUUAUGUUUGGGUUGGUCGAAAUGGUAAUCGUAUCGCAACACAGCAUGCAGUUGCGUACGCUAAAGCAGUACGCACUAGGCCUUUGAACGCGAUUUUUGGAGUGGAUCAGAUGAUAUUGGGUGAUAAUUUCGAUGUAACUCGACCAGUCUGGUGUCUGCUCAUCAAAUUAACUCAGGGACUGAAUGAUUUGCUCUUUCAACACAAAUUUCAUGACUGGCAAGAAGUAACUCUUCACACGUACAAUACGCCUGCACAAUGGAAAGCUUCCACGUCUCCAGCUUCAUUAUUACAUGAAGAACAAGAUGCAUGUAAUUUAGGAAGAAAUCUUGCAUCCCAAUCAGUGGAAGAGCCAGUUUUGAUCCUGGAAAAAACGAAAUUGUACAGAAAUUCCAAAAAUAUUUUUACCGAGAACAUACGAUACUUUGUUUUGGAUGGUGAAAAUGCAUUAAAUGAAAUAGAUGAACUAUGGAUUUUAAAAGAUGAUCGCUGUUAUAUUGUUAAAUGGGAAUAUCGGAUAGAACGAAUUGGAAUACGAAAACUGGACGGUACUGAACGUGAAAAAGAAACUGGUCGCCCACGUGUUGCGUAUUUCUAUUGGUUAGGUAAGAAGACCACUAAAACAGAGCAGGGACUUUGUGCUUUGGCACUUAGAAAUUACGAUACAGCGCAUUUUCCUCAUGAAAGGAUUGCACAGGGUCAAGAACCACCAUUGUUCUUGCGAUUAUUCCAAGGCUCAUUGGUUAUUUGUGGUUGUGGAUCGGGUAUUUUCCUUGUUUACGGAUCGUCAAUUUCCAGUGAAGCUCGCAUGGAAGAGCAGAUUUUACCCAUCGUUUAUCGUGCUCAUGCUGUAUAUAUUGCAUUGAAUGAUGGGAAAAUAACAAUACUGGAGGGAGUUGGAAGUAACGAAAGUUCAAAGAUAGCAGCUAUGAAUUUCGCCAAAAAAGUCAAAAUGCAUUACAGUGCCUUUGAACAGUUUAUUUCAGAACCAAUUAUUGACCACUGUUACUUAACUGGAACGGAAAACUAUCUUAUAAUUGAAGCAGAUCAUUGGAUAAAGCCGCCGCGAUUAUUUCGAUUGUUUGAGAAAGAUGGUGAAGAACUGUUGUCUACACACUGGGAUCCUUCUCUUCCAUUCUCAUUUCAACAGGACAGUUUCAGGGAUACUAUUAUGGUAGAUCAGGAUAACAGACUGUGGCUUUGGAGCGAUAAAACAGUCAGUACAUUUGCAUUACAUGUAGCCAAUGCUUACUGGUCUGGUCGAAAUGGUCCAAAAACCGUCAUUUGCAAAACGCAAGAACCGGAUUCAUUCAAAGCACUCUUUGCCAAAUGGGACGAUUUUAUUGAUGAAAUUGAUGAAAAUGAGCUUAAUGUGCAAAGUUCAUUACGAUGUCAACCAGUCGAUUUAGACGAACUGUUACGAUUACGGACGAAAACUUGGCCACUCGAAAAAGUGACAAGUCGGGAUUUGCCACUUGGUGUUGAUCUGAAUCGACUAGAGCAAUACCUAAAUGACGACGACUUUCAGUCAGUGUUUCGAAUGGAACGAACAGCUUUUUAUGCACUUCCACAGUGGAAACAAAUCGUACUUCGCAAAAAGCAUAAGCUAUUUUGAUAAGUACACUUCGAAAUAUUAAGAAAUCGAAACAUCCAAAUCUAACUGACAUGAAGUUCGAAAUAUUUAAAUAGUAAAAGCGGAAAUUCCGUCCUUCUAAAUUAAAUUUAUUUAAUCCAAAAGGUAACAGUGAUUUCCUUGAAACCACAAUCUUUCGUAAUGACAAACCGAAGUCGUACCAUUAGGGUUACCAUUUCUGCAA